AGGAGCAGCAGCGGCAGCAGCAGGAGGAGGAGCCGGAAUUGUUUCCCGGGGCUGGGAAAGCGUUUCCGGAAGGCUGCCUGCAUCCCGCACCGGGGCUGGCGAAGGAGGCGGCUGGGGCGGGCGACGAAGCGAAAGCGACCUACGGCGCCGGCUGCUGCUGCGGCUGCAAGUAAAACAGUUCUGCCGUAUUCUUUGAAAACCGCUGAACACUCGGGAUAAUGUGCUGACUGGCGCUAUGGGCAGGCGAUACCCAGGGGCGCACUAUCGUCAAAGCAAUUCAUUGGACUCUGGUGUGGAUACCUUGGCGGGGUUUAUGGCAAGCAACAGCACGACGGACAUUGUGAAUCGGAACGGUCCCGCCACUCCGCCCAACACACUUCUCCUGCGCUCCUCUCACAAUGAACUGCUGAAUGCCGAAAUCAGGCACACGGAGGUCAAGAGCAACACCCCUCCGAAAUGCAGGAAAAAAUACGCGCUGACUAACAUUCAGACAGCCAUGGGCCUUUCCGAUCCCGCUGCGCAGCCCCUCCUGGGUAACAGUUCCUCCAACAUAAAGCUGGUGAAGAAUGGCGAAAACCAGCUCAGGAAAGCUGCCGAACAGGGGCAGCAGGAUCCUAAUAAAAACCUGCCGUCUCCAACGACAACUGCAGGCGUCAACAUAACUUCUGAGAAGUUGGAGGGGAAAGAGCCAAACCAGCAGGAUUCUUCAGGCAGUGAGAUUCUGCCCGCCCAGCGCCUCAGAACCAAGAGCUUCCUCAAUUACUAUGCAGAUCUGGAGUCAUCGGCCCGGGAUGCUGACCAGAAUUACGGGAACAGCCAAGUGGCAGGAGGGGAGAAAUUCUCCUCGCAACCCAACGGUCAGGCAUCGACGCUGAUCGUUAAUGGCGACGCCUUGCCUCGGAAACAAAACAAGCCAGCAACUCCAGAAGACGGACAGGUAGCCACCGUAUCGUCAAGUCCGGAGACGAAAAAGGACCGCCCUAAAACAGGCGCCAAAACAGAUUGUGCCCUGCACAGGAUUCAGAACUUGGCACCAAGCGAUGAGGACUCGAGCUGGACGACGUUGUCGCAGGACAGCGCGUCUCCGAGUUCACCCGAUGAAACAGAUAUAUGGAGUGACCAGUCAUUUCAAACAGACCCCGACUUACCAUCGGGCUGGAAAAAAAUCAACGAUAUAGCUGGGAUUUAUUACUGGCACAUACCAACAGGAACAACCCAGUGGGAACGUCCCGUCUCAAUACCAGCAGAUCUUCAGGGCUCAAGAAAAGGAUCGCUUAGUUCUAUCACCCCUUCUCCUACUCCAGAAACUGAGGAUCUUCACGCGGCCACGGUGAACCCAGACCCCAGUUUGAAGGAAUUUGAAGGAGCGACGCUGCGUUACGCUUCUCUGAAGCUCAGAAAUGCCCCACAGUGUGAUGAAGAUGAUUCUGGCAGCAUCAACAGUGAUCCGGAAGCCAAGUGCUUUGCCGUUCGAUCCUUGGGAUGGGUAGAAAUGGCAGAAGAAGAUUUGGCUCCUGGGAAAAGCAGUGUUGCUGUAAACAAUUGUAUCCGGCAGCUUUCCUACUGCAAAAAUGAUAUACGGGACACAGUUGGCAUUUGGGGAGAGGGAAAAGACAUGUAUCUUAUCCUGGAGAACGACAUGCUAAAUUUGGUUGACCCCAUGGAUCGCAGUAUUCUUCAUUUUCAGCCCAUCGUAAGCAUCCGUGUCUGGGGAGUAGGCCGGGACAAUGGCCGGUGA